CAUUGACAGAGUGUGCCUUGUGAUAAACAGCAAUCUAGAUUAGAGGGCUUUUGUAGGCGGUGUUUUUAUAUUUGUAGAAAAUUUCAAUGAAAAAACAGCAAAAUUCUGGAUUGAUUUUAUGUCUGCAUAGUUUUGAAGGUACCUCUGUGUAGCAGGCGAGUGCACUCAAAAUCCCAGUAGUUCCCACACGGCGACGCCAGAGGACACAGAGCCAGGAUCGCGAUGGCAAACACAACGUCGCCGAUGGCUGGACGGCGCCUGCACCGGGAUGUUAACCGGCUGAUGGCCUCCGGUUACCGCACCACGGUGGACGACGAUAUGGCCAACCUGGAUGUGCGCUUCGAGGGUCCACUGGGCACCGCCUACGAGGGCGGCGUGUGGACGGUAAACGUGGCCAUGCCGCUGGACUAUCCGCUGAAGGCGCCGCGCGUCCGUUUCGUCACCAAGAUCCUGCACCCGAACAUCGAGUUCACCACGGGCCUGGUCUGCAUGAAUGUCUUCAAACAGGCCUGGUCGGCCAGCUACGACCUGGUGAACAUCUUCGACACCUUUCUGCCGCAGCUGCUGCGCCAUCCGAAUCCGCACGAUCCCCUUAAUCAUCGAGCCGCCGCCAUCAUGAAGCACUCGGAGGAGCUCUUCCGCGAACACGUCAUCCUCUGCGUCAGGAUGUACGCCCUUCCCGUGGUCCUGCCCUCUCAGGAUCUCACUGAGGAGGGCCUCGAGAAGAAGUCCUCGGACCUCAGCCUCUCCGACCUCCUCUCGGAUGACGAGGAUGAGCCCAAUGGUAACCACAACGGAGACUAUAACGGCGACUCUAACGCUCUGCCAGGUGCGGAUGCAGAUCCUGUGGACGACUGAGUAUUUUGGAUGGUCCUUUGUUGAGUCUUUGUAAGAGAACAGUUUGUAUAUGGACAAAUAUAUCGAAAUUUUAAGUCUUA